CUCAUUAUUUCAGAAAAGGGAGGUCUCAAAGAACUCAACUCCACCCUCAGCACAUCAAGGUGGGGAUAUAUAGCGGCUCUAAACUCCCUGUACUGUCACAGGAGGAGCCAGCAAAGAAGACAUACUGCCUGCUUACUCAACUCUACCAAGGACCAUGAAGAGUGUAGCUGUGGUGCUCGCAGGGUGUGGAGUGUACGAUGGGACAGAGGUCCAUGAGGCCUCUGCUGUUCUGGUGCACCUAAGCCGGGCUGGGGCCAAGGUCCAGAUGUUCGCUCCUAAUGUGGACCAGAUGCAUGUGGUGAACCACAUAGUCGGGAAGCCCACGGAGGAGAAGCGCAAUGUUCUGCAGGAGAGCGCCCGCAUCGCCCGUGGUGAUAUCAUGGACCUCAGUAAACUGGAUGUGUCGGCCUAUGAUGCUCUGAUCAUCCCUGGGGGUUUUGGAGUUGCUAAGAACCUGUCCACAUGGGCCACGCAGGGGAAAGACUGCUCAGUCCAGCCUGAAGUGGAGAAGGCCAUAAAGAGCUUCCACAAAGCUGGAAAGCCCAUUGGUCUGUGUUGCAUCGCGCCUGUGCUUGCAGCUAAGACGCUGCCCGGCUGUGAGAUCACUGUGGGCCAUGACUGCAAGUGUGAGAAAUGGCCCUAUGCUCAGACUGCCUGCACCAUGAAGGAGAUGGGCUGCAAACAUGUCAACAAGAAUGUCGGGGAGUCACAUGUUGAUGUCAAAAACAAGCUGGUGACCACCAGUGCCUUCAUGUGCAAUGCCCCUAUUCACGAGGUAUUCGAUGGGGUGGGUGUCAUGGUGACAGGCGUGCUCAAAUUGGCCUAAGGAUUGUGAGGUUGGAGGUAUGGGAAAAUCAUUUCAAAAUAGACGUAUUUGUUCUAGACACUGAUCCAUUUGUAAUUUGCAUGAAUGAUGAAUGAUCCUCCAGAAAAACAAUAAGUACAGGAAAAAAUGACCUGCUAUUUUCCUGUGUUGGUAAUCUAAUCUGUCUUUUUUAAAUUUAUUUUUUUUAAAUCUGUGUCUGUUUUGUGCUUGUCUAAAUAAAAUUUGUUUGGACAAAAAAAAAAACUCCCAAGUUUAUUUCCAUAUGGUCUGAUUUGUGAAUAUAAGCUCUAUUUGUAAUGCAUAAGAAUGAAAACAUGCUGAUUUAAAUAAACCUUUCCCUUUUUCAACCAACAA